AUGGCGUCAAUUAAACUUUAUACCAAUCGAAACUGCCCAUGGGCACACCGUGCUCAUAUUGCGCUGGCGGAGCUGGGUCUACCAUUCGAAGAAGUGAUCAUUGACUACAGCAAGCCGAGGACGCCUGAGUAUCUCAAGAUCAAUCCUCGUGGAAUGGUUCCCACUAUGACAUAUGGCGACCACAUCGUUUUCGAGUCGGCUAUCAUCGCGCAGUUUCUCGCCGACUCAGUCGCAUCGACACACUUAAUUCCGCGCACUGGGGAAGUGCCAGGAGCCCUAAUGCGCCAGAGAAUCGCUUACUUUGUCGAAACGUACUUUUCAAAGGCCAACGUCUACUACUACCGGGCCAUUGAAGCCAAAACAGAUGAAGAUGCCGAGGAGCUCGGCAAGCGCUAUGUUGAUGCCGUUGUCAAAGAGGUCGAGCCACUCCUGCAAGACGCGGAUCCGUUCUUUGGUGGCAGCGACAAGCUGACCAUGGCCGAGGUUCUGACCGCUUCUUUUAUCCUCCGUAUUUUCACGCUGCCUGACACCGAAAAUGCACCACUGCCAAAAACCAUGGUAGCUGGCCUGGACGAAAAGGCGCCAAAAUUCUAUGCGUGGGCUCAGGUCACCAUGAAGCAUCCGUCUGUAAAUGGUAUCUAUAACAGAGAUGGUUGUGCGGCCGAGAUGCGUGAUCGACGAGCCAAGGCUCGUGCUUUGGCAUGA